AUGACUGUUUACUGAUGGGGAAAUGCCGGAAAUCACCCACGGCACCGAAGGGUGCCGGUUACAGGCGUUUUCAGCGAUCAGCCUUAGUAAGCGCGUCCUCUACAACCACCAUGUCGAAACAUCAUCCUGAUUUAAUAAUGUGUCGACGUCAGCCCGGUAUUGCUAUCGGUCGUCUUUGUGAAAAAUGCGACGGAAAAUGUCCAGUAUGUGACUCGUACGUCCGACCAGAGACCUUGGUGCGAAUUUGCGAAGAAUGUAACUUUGGUACUUACGGAGGACGUUGCAUAAUCUGCGGCUCUCCUGGUAUAUCUGAUGCCUAUUAUUGUGCUGAAUGCACACUACUAGAGAAGGACCGGGAUGGAUGUCCCAAGAUUGUAAAUCUGGGAGCUAGUCGAACGGAUCUCUUUUACGAACGUCGCCGGCUUGGGUUUAAGAAGGGCUGAACCCCACCUCGUCCAUUCGUACCGUCACCGCCAUCUGUUUUAUAUACUAAUUACACGUGUAUUACAGAACUAUCGUGUUCGAAACUACUAUACACUAUGCUACUCAGACUAUGACGGCUCGCUCAUCACAACGCCUUUCUUUGAUAUAACAUGUCCUUCGCAGGGGUGCCCCGUCCAGCAGUAUAACUCGUAUUCAAUCCUCAAGUCACUUAUAGCUCC